UCGAAUUUUUACCUGUCGGCUAUCGCUUGUCGACAUAUUUUAAUUCCUUUCUUAAGUACCUACCUAAUAAGCUAUUCCAAAAUGGACUCAGGUGGAUUCGGCAAAGCUCAAAAACCGCCAAAAGUGGCAAAGGUUAAAAACAAAACACCAGCAGAAAUUCAAAUUACUGCUGAGCAGUUACUUCGUGAAGCCAAAGAGCGUGAUCUUGAGAUUGUUCCACCUCCUCCAAAACAAAAAAUUUCAGAUCCUGAUGAGUUGGCUGACUACCAGUACAAAAAGCGAAAAACAUUUGAAGAUGCUCUUCGUAGAAAUCGCAAUGUUAUCACCAAUUGGAUCAAAUAUGCCCAAUGGGAAGAAAGUCAAAAAGAAAUCCAGAGGGCUAGGAGUGUGUUCGAACGAGCAUUAGAUGUUGACCAUCGUAAUAUUACACUAUGGCUUAAGUAUACAGAAAUGGAAAUGAAAAACAAACAAGUUAAUCAUGCAAGGAACCUGUGGGAUCGUGCAGUUACAAUUUUGCCAAGGGCAAACCAGUUUUGGUACAAAUAUACCUACAUGGAGGAAAUGCUUGCCAAUAUUGCUGGAUGCCGCCAGGUGUUUGAAAGGUGGAUGGAGUGGCAACCAGAUGAACAGGCAUGGCAAACAUACAUAAACUUUGAAUUAAGGUACAAAGAAUUAGAUCGAGCUCGAUCAAUUUUUGAGCGUUUCGUAUACGUGCAUCCUGAAGUGAAAAACUGGAUCAAGUAUGCCAGGUUUGAAGAAAGAAAUGGCUACAUUAUUGGCGCCCGUCAAGUGUACGAGCGGGCUGUUGAUUUCUAUGGUGAUGACCAUAUGGAUGAAAGGCUAUUUAUUGCUUUUUCGAAGUUUGAAGAGGGACAAAAAGAACAUGAACGAGCAACUGCCAUUUAUAAGUUUGCCCUAGAACACAUGUCGAAGGACAAAGCAGCUGAAUUAUACAAAGCGUAUACAAUUCAUCAGAAAAAAUUCGGAGAGCGUGACGCCAUCGAAGAUGUUAUUGUCAGUAAGCGAAAAUUUCAGUAUGAACAGGAAAUCAAAGAAAACCCAUCGAAUUAUGAUGCUUGGUUUGACUAUUUACGGUUAUUGGAAAGUGAAGGUGACGCCGACAUUGAGGUAGUGCGGGACACUUAUGAAAGAGCCAUCGCCAAUAUCCCACUAGUGGCUGAAAAGUCCUUUUGGCGCCGUUAUAUCUAUUUGUGGAUCAACUAUGCUCUUUUCGAAGAACUAGAAGCGGAAGAUUAUGAGAAAACUCGGCAGGUCUAUGAUUCGUGCCUUAAGCUGAUCCCGCACCGUAACUUCACAUUCGCUAAAAUCUGGCUCCUUUACGCUCAUUUUGAAGUCCGUCAAAAGAAUUUACAAAUGGCACGUAAAAUUUUGGGGACUGCGAUAGGAAAAUGUCCUAAGAACAAGUUGUUUCGCGGGUACAUUGAUUUAGAGAUCCAACUUCGAGAAUUUGACCGUUGUAGGACAUUGUAUGAAAAAUUUCUCCAAAACGGUUCGGAAAAUUGCACAACCUGGAUGAAAUUCGCUGAACUAGAAACUCUCUUAGGAGAUGUAGAUCGAGCUCGAGGUAUUUAUGAGCUAGCAAUCAAACAGCCUCUGCUAGAUAUGCCGGAAAUCCUCUGGAAGGCGUAUAUUGAUUUUGAAAUCGAACAGGAAGAAAGCGAUAAAGCUCGGGGAUUGUACGAACGACUUUUAGAACGUACUCAACAUGUCAAAGUUUGGAUGAGUUUUGCUCAGUUUGAGCUUACUCUAGCAGCUUCCCAACAAGAAGACCCGAGCCUACCCGUUGCAGCGGCUAGAGCAGUGUUUCAACGGGCCAACAAGUCGUUACGCUCUAUCGCACAGUCUGUCGGUCUGGAAGUUGCUACCAAUAAAGAGGAGCGAUUGAUGUUGUUAGAGGCAUGGCAGGAGUUUGAAUAUGAACAUGGAGAUGAGGCGUCACGCAACGCGGUUCUUAACUUGAUGCCUAGACGCGUAAAGAAGAGAAGGCGCAUUCAGACACAAGAUGGGAGUGAUGCUGGUUGGGAAGAGUACUUCGACUACAUAUUCCCUGAAGAUGAAGCUACGAAACCCAAUCUCAAACUUCUGGCCAUGGCUAAAGCUUGGAAGAUGGCGAAAGAAUCCACCCCAGCAUCCCAGGAAGAAGAAACGACAAAAACCAAUGCACCAGUGGUCGAUACUAUGGCUCCCUCAGUGUCAUCUUCUUCACUCUCCACUCAGCAACUUCUUUCACAAGACGAUGAUCGCGACGACUCCAGUGAAUCAUCAGGCAGUGAUUCCGGUGGAGAAAAUUAAGUUUGGUCUUACAGUGGCUAGUAUUUUCUCAACAAAUACAAUUUUUAAGAAAUU